GGUUGGGAGCAAAAAUUAAAGAAGCCGCUGACAACAAGACCGAGCUUUCAAUCGCGGUACUAAACAGAUCUGCAUAUAAAGACAAGGGAAGUAACUUUGGGAUACAGCUUGCAAUUGACUUGGCCAAAAACACCUCCGGAUUUAAAGAUUUCUACGACAAAUAUGAAGUGAAGAUCACUACUUCUUCAACAUAUGGAAGUGAGGGCAUUGCUAUAGUUACCACCACCUAUCUUUUCGGAUUUGAGAAUAGUAGGCACCCAUUACUCCUACUUGGACCUCACACAGCAUCGGAGACUUCUGCGGUAUUGGACGUGGUUAGAGUUUUCGGAAAAUUAAUGGUUUCAUAUUUGACAACAACGUCUAAAGUGAGGGAACUCGAAGAUCCCUUCGGUUUAACCUUCGCACCAACUGCUUUCAUCUAUAAUAAAGCGUACAAGGGAAUUAUGAAGCAUUUCAGUUGGAAGAGAGCCGCGGUGUUGUACGAUUUCAUAGAUGAAGGAGGUUUUUAUGUGGAUGUGGUGAACAGACUUGCAAGUCAAGCUGACUUCAAUAUAAUUGUAUCGGAAGCUGCAAUUAAUACAUAUCAUACAGCAUUUCUCACAGAAAUUCAGGCGUAUAUCAGGAAAAAGCUUCUGAAACUGAAGGAAUUGGACGCGAAGAUUGUCUUUGGAAUGUUCAGCAGUUUAGCAGCAUCUCUAGUGUUUUGUGAGUUAUUCAAGAUGAAGAUGAUUGGACCGGAGUUUGUUUGGAUUUUACACCCCCAUGCAGGAACUAUUGACAGUUGGGUCGCGUUGGUUAGUUUAGAGAAGAGAAAAAAUCAGAACGUUACGGGCCUUUGUACCAGAAAAGAAUACGAGCAGGCAGCUGAUAGAAUCUUUAUUUUUGAUGGAAUGUUUAAUCGUAAAGAUGAAAACACAGCUACUGCUUCCGGUCUGACUCUGAAGCAAGCCCUCAGCUACCCAUCUGUGCAAAGGCUGAGUGACUUGGGAAGGAAAGAAACAGCAGCAGCCUUUGACACUAUGUGGGCUAUCAUGCUUGCCUUGAAGGAAACUAGUGGAUCACUGCCAGGUGAUAUGAAACUGGAAGACGGGGUAAACAAUACCCGGCCAAGGGACAUUUCCUUAGCUAUAGCGGCAAAACUACGCAAUGUCAGCUUCGAAGGACUCUCGGGUCCAGUAUCAUUUAACGAGAAUGAAGAACGAGAAGGAAUACUGAUUGUCAAGCAGUAUCAAGAUGGCGGAAAGACGCUGACACCGAUUGGUGAGCAUAACACAAAGGAAGAUAAAUUUGUGCUAUAUGAAGGAGCCAGUAAAACGUUAUGGAAAGAUAAUCAAGUACCAAAGGACCACACUGACAGACAGUUGAUGUACAUGUUGAUUCCCGAGUCACUUCUUGUAACUUUGUGGCUGUUUGCAGCUAUUGGCAUCGUUUUUUCAUUGGGUUUCCUGCUUUUCAACAUCAAGAACAGAAACAGAAGAAUGAUCAAAAUGUCUUCGCCAAACCUGAAUAAUAUAAUUGUUCUGGGAUGCAUACUGUGUUACUUCUCAGUGUUCUUAUUUGGACUGGAUGCGAGGUUCCUGAGUUUGGAGGAAUACUCUAAAAACUGUAAUGCUCGAACUGCAGUACUGUCCAUUGGAUAUUCAUUAUCAUUUGGAGCCAUUUUCAGCAAAACCUGGCGAGUUCACAAAAUAUUCACCGCAGGUCUUCGCCUGAAGAAAAUGGCAAUCAAGGAUAUUCAUUUACUUCUGAUCGUGGUGAGCUUGGUGGCAAUCGAUGUGGUUUUCUUUUCUGUCUGGGUUGGAAAAGAUCCUUUCUUGGCUGAAAUACUAACAUUUGAAGAUCAGAUUCGAAAAGCUCCCGAUCAGGAUGUGUUUAUCAUUCCCGCGUUGUAUCGAUGUAGCUGCAGAUACAAGACGUACUUCUUGGUGAUAUUGUUUGCUUACAAAGGAUUGCAACUGUUCUUUGGCCUUUUUCUUGCCUGGGAGACACGUAAAGUUAACAUUCCUGCCUUGAACGACUCCAAGUACAUCGGAAUGUCAGUUUACAACGUUUUCGUGUUGUCCAUAAUUUGUUUCAUUGUCAUGUUGGCGUUUGACGAAUCCAUGUAUUAUAAAGCCCCCUACGCUAUUUUGGCUCUGUGCCUGAUAGUGGCUACAACUGUGACGCUGUUGCUGGUUUUUAUUCCUAAGGUAAACCAAGCAGUUUCAUUUCAGGAGUAACAGUUAACUUGACAAAUACUGACCGUGAUCAUGAAAUAAGUUAGUCUCGUUUAUUGGAAAGAGAGCAGGAAAUAAUGCCCCAUCAAGUUCAAUUGUAACUGAAACAUAAAUGCCACUAGGGAGAAUGUUGAAUACUUUUUAAAGAAGAGAAUAGAUCUUAUUCGUCGGAAAUACUCACGUUGCAAAAUAAUCUUGUUGGUGUCAUACUUAAAACAGGAAGUACUGAACAA